CUCGCUUGCAACUUGCCACAUGUUACUUCAAGUGAUUGUUAGUUGUUCGUUUUGAUACAUCUCAACAGACGACCUUAUCCUCGCAAAGUAGUAAUAGGGGGAAGUCAGACGGUACUGUAUUUGCAUGAAUUUUUGCUGGUUUCAUUUGGGGGCGCCCUCAUGGCCUUAAAGCUGCGACCUUUGGUCAGGAUUUUGGUGUUUUUGACUGAAUAAAGGGAGGCUAUUUCAGACUUUUUUUUUGUUAAAUUUGUUUAGCAAGAUGGUUUCAGGAAUCUGAACAUGCUACCUUAUCCUGAAACGAUCUGAGUGUCUGCUAAGGCCCUGUUUGGGACCGAGUAUGCUUAGCUUAUAAGCAGAAAAAGCAAAUUAAUCCCGCCAAACUACUCAUGUCGGCUGGCCGCCCGCAACAGUAAAACGCCGAAAAUGAACUAGGCGCUGCAAAAUCGCAGAAGCGAUCUUGGAGCUGCGUUGCGCUUAUAUGCCACACGAUUUUUUAGCUCGCGGCCCCAAACAGGGCCUAAAGCUCGCUCAGAGUAUUGUAUUGGCCUAUUUUGUGCUGACCUUGGGGAACUCUCUUCUUAAAGCUGUAAUCUUUGAUUAGCAAUUUUGGUGUUUCUGAAAAAAAGGCAGCUUAUGUCGACUUCAAUAGUGAAUUUCUUUAGCAAAAGGGGUUCACUAAAUCACUAGUAUUGGGCUAGAUCCGAACAGGCAACCUCAUAUCGCAGAGUUGGGGCAGGGAUAAUCAGAGGGAUAGCUAAAGCUCUCCUUUAUUCUAUCUCCCUGGUUUCAAGCUUCCUUACUUAGGAAACUGUCUUAAAGCUGCAAUCUGUGAUCAAAUUUUGAUCUGUUGACAAUAUAAAGGAAGAAUAUUUCGACUUGAGUUGUGAAUUUGCUUAGCAAAUAGUUUUCAGGAAAGCUAAGACACCAUUACAUAAUACAUCCUCUUAUAUCCCUCAGAUGCAUCAAGUACCAAACAAAAUGGUACUUGUGCUCUGUUGUGACCCGAUAGAAGAGGAUAUAGAUCCAAGGCCAGAUGCUUGAUUUUAACUAAAUAAGGGCGCAGUGGUGUGUCUAUGAGAAAAAAACGGAUGGACUUCUGAUAGUGAAUCUACUUCUAAAGACUUUUUCUAUAAUAGUGUUCAUAUGACAUUAACAUCAGUAGUUUAUUAGUGGAGAAAAUAUUCAAUUUGAAGUCAGCCAUAAGUUGUCGUGAGUCCUAAGGUGAUGUAGGGCAAUAGAUUUUUCAGGGUUCAACUAAGGAGUUACUAUGGCAUUUUCAGAUUGUUAACAUACUUUGUCAUAGUUCAUCUCAUGGCAUUUUUAGUUUCCAUUAUGUACCAGUGCUGACUGCUCAGCUAUCUUAGUCUGAUGACAUCAGACCAAUGGAAGUCCUGCCAUUGUCUUGUGCAGCAUAGGGAAAGGAAACAACCUUACAUGCAGAAGUGCACAAUCAACUCAUGGAACGUGGCGACCAAAUAUUAAACUUGAAGACCUGCCGGAGGAUGUGCUAGACAGGGUAUUUUCAAAGUUACAGCUCAAUGAGGUUGUUCGGACCAGUGUGCUCUCAAGUAAGUGGAGGCAUAUGUGGACAAUUUCUUCCAAACUAAGGAUUGAUUGCAUUGCAAUAUGUGGCAGACCUCGAUAUUUCUGCAACAAACCAAACUACACCAUGGAAUUCAUUGAUGGUGUUAAUACGGUGUUGCAACAGCUUCGUGGCAAGGUGGUUGAAUAGCUUGAGGUCAAAUUUGAAUUUGAGAGCAUAUUAAUUGAUCAUCUGAACAAUUGGAUUAGUUUUGCCGUGUCAUCACUUGUGAAGAAUCUAGUUCUGGAUUUAGCACCAGCUGAAUUUGUGGUUGUCAAGAAUGGCUACAGUGUCAAGAAUAGCUACAUGUUUCCCAUUGAAUUGUUCGAUGGUGCAUCCAUAUCACGGAUGCAACAUAUUAAGCUUAGCUGCAUAUCCUUCAGACCACGUUCCCUGUUUAGGGGUUUCCCAAACCUGAUGAAGCUUGAUCUGCAUCUAUUUGAGGUGUCUGAAAUGGAUCUUGAUGCCAUGCUGUCAGGUUGUGCUAAUCUUGAGUGGUUGAGCUUCAUUAGAUGUCAUGUCAAUGAUGAAUUGAAGGUAAAACAGCCGUUGUCCCGUUUGCUGUACUUGCGCAUUGCGCAUUGCAGCAUAAAAAAGGUAGAAUUACAUGCAAAAAAUCUCAAAACUUUUGUAUACCAUGGGGUGCAAUUACCUAUUGACCUUGGUGAAGUUAAGAAACUAGAAAUAGCAGAACUUCAUUUGUAUGGUAUCACUUUUGAGUAUGCCCUAUGUGUACUUCCAAGUGUGCUCCCAGGUGUGCAAAACUUCACCUUGCAGACUUAUUAUCUACCAUUAGAGAUGCCCUUAUUACCGGAAAACAUUGGCAGAUUUUCCCAGCUGAGAUUUUUACGGCUGUUGCUCGUUGUAAAUUACGGUGAAAGCGACAAUAUUCUCUCGCUGGCAUCCUUCCUCAGGGCUGCCCCUUUAAUUGAGGAGGUUGAGGUGCAUUUUGAUGUGUCUUGCUUGGAAGGUGUGGGAUGGGGAACUCUCCAGAGUCUUCCACCUCAUUCAUAUACUUAUCUAAGGAAAGUGCAUAUUACAGGGUUUAAUGGGAUUAUGGGACAACUUGAAUUUUUAGCACAUAUCGUGGAAAAUGCCCCUGCCCUAAGGAUUUUAAAUAUAGAUCCAAGAAAGAAGUUGGGUCGUUGUAGGUGUACGGCUUCAGAUUUCUUGGCUAGUCGAGCUUCUGUUAGAAGUAAGCUUAAUGGAAAGAUCUUGCCUGGCACGGAGGUUAACAUUCUGUAGGAAUUCUUUUGUGACCCUGUGCAAGAGGUCGAAUGCUGUGCAGCCGCAAUUAUUCUUUAGUUGUGUUCUGGGCAUGUGAUGAAUCAAGUCUAUGCCUUUUUUUUUUCUUGAAACGAAUCAGGCAGGAGAGCAUAUGAAGCCUAGACUGGGCAUGCCCAUUAUAUUAAAACUUUGUCCUUGUAACAUUUAAUAAAUCAUAUGCUCUGUUUGUAACUUUAUAUAUAGUAAUGUAUAUUUUGGUUUCAACUGACGCAAACAUGAUAUAUAUAUAUUACAAAUUUAUAUGCA